AUGAGUUUUACUAAGCAAUCCACUGAUUCACUAAGAGAAUUAAAUGUCAAGCUCUUAGCUGAAAUUGCCAAACUUAGGAAGGAGAAUGCUGAACUUAGAGAGAAGUUACUACUAAAGUUUGCCAGAAGCGAUGAGCUGGAGAAAACUAUAGCGGAUUAUUCAGUUAAGAUUAGCAAACUUAAUGCCGUAAUCGUGGAGCUUGAGAAAACUAAUGCAGUUACCGCUAAACUCGAGAAUGUUGAUCUUAAAGCUGAGAUAGCAAAAUUAAGCCAGAGAUGUUGGCAGAGGUAA